GUCCUGGUUAACAACAGUGUAAAGAGAAAGGAACCAGAGCAGAGGGAGGAAGGAGGAAGGUUCAAGUGUGACGGAGCAGAAAUCCAGUCCAGAUGAGUCCUGUUCAUCGCUGAAAGAAGAUUCCAAGCGAGUCCAUCGGGGUUUCCUCCACAACACAGCAGAGUCUUCGAAACACUGAGAACCACCAUGUCUGCUGGCAGCAACCUGAGAUCUGCAGAUCAGUUCCUGUGCUCCAUCUGUCUGGAUGUGUUCACUGAUCCAGUCACCACACCAUGUGGACACAACUUCUGUAAAACCUGCAUCACUCAUCACUGGGAUGAUAAUGUUCUCUUCAAGUGUCCCAUAUGUAAGGAGAUGUUCAACACCAGACCUCAGCUGAAUAUUAAUGUCUUCAUCAGAGAGAUGGUUUCUGAGUUCAGACGUGAAGCUCAACAGAAAUCCAGCAGCAGCAGCUCAGAGCAACAAGCUGCCAAACCAGGAGAAGUUCCCUGUGACGUCUGCACUGGAACCAGACUGAAGGCCCUGAAGUCCUGCCUGGUGUGUCUGCUGUCCUACUGUGAGACUCACCUGGAGCCUCAUCUGACAGUUUCACGUCUGAAUAGACAUCAGCUGGUGGAGCCUGUGGAGAACCUGGAGGACAGGAUUUGUACAAAGCACGAUAAACCUCUGGAGCUGUUCUGUAAGACCGACCAGACAUGUGUCUGCAUGCUCUGCUCUGUUUUAGACCACAAGACUCAUGAGUUUGUUCCUCUGAGAGAAGAAUAUGAAGGAAAGAAGGCAGAGCUGGAGAAGACAGAGGCUGAGACUCAGCAGAUGAUCCAGAAGAGACGACUCAAGAUUCAGGAGAUCAAGGAGUCACAAAAGAUCAGUAACGAUGCUGCAGACAGAGAGAAAUUGGAAGGUUUUCUGAUCUUAACUUCUCUGAAGAAGUCUGUUGAGAGAAGCCUGAAGAAGUUCAUAAAGGAGAUCGAAGACAAACAGAAAACUACAGAGAAACAGGCUGAAGACUUCAUCAAAGAUCUGGAACAGGAAAUCUGUGAGCUGAAGAAGAGGAGCUCUGAGGUGGAGCAGCUCUCACGCUCUGAAGAUCACCUCCACCUCCUCCAAAGAUUCCCAUCCCUGGAAGAUGCUCCACCCACCAAGAACUGGACAGAGGUCAGAGUCCAUCCACCUUCAUAUGAGGGGACUGUGGUGAGAGCUGUGGACCAGCUGGACAAGAACCUCAGAGAAAAGAUGAAGAAGGUGCUCACUAAAGCCGAGCUGAGGAGGAUCCAGCAGUGUGAAGUUGAUGUGACUCUUGAUCCUGACACAGCACAUCGUAAACUCAUCCUGUCUGAUGAUGGAAAACAAGUUCACUGUGGUUAUAUGAGGAAGAAUCUUCCAGAUAAUCCAGAGAGAUUCGCUAAAUAUGUUGGUGUUUUAGGAAAACAGAGUUUCUCCUCAGACAGAUUUUACUUUGAGGUUCAGGUUAAAGGAAAGACCAGAUGGGAUGUAGGAGUGGCCAGAGACUCGGUCAACAGGAAGGGAACAAUCACAAUUGAUACAUGGAAUGGUUACUGGGCUGUAUGUCUGAGAAAUGGAAAUGAGUAUGAAGCUUAUAAUGAUCCUCCAGUCCGUCUCCAUCUCAGUUCUCCUCCUGAGAAGGUUGGGGUGUUUGUGGAUUAUGAGGAAGGUCUGGUCUCCUUCUAUGAUGUUGAUGCUGCAGAACUAAUGUACUCCUUUACUGGCUUCUAUUUUGCUGACAAACUCUACCCAUACUUCUGUCCUGGCCUUAAUUACAGUGGAAGAAACUCUGCUCCUCUGAUGAUCUGUCCUGUCAAUCAAACUGUCUGAUCUUUGAUAUAAUGAAUCUUCAUCAAAACUGAAUGUUCAUGUGAAAUGAUGAAGUGUUAGAGCUGUCUGCAAGUAUCAAUGAGAGGCUGACAUCUGGCAAACAUCCUGUAAAACACGUCAACAUGACACGUUUGAAUCAUACGAUAUGUGAUGAUUGACCGAGUAAUAAAGUUUUUCCUGAAUAAAGCAGUAUU